UAAUUAGAGGAAGUAGUUACAAAAUUUGUUUUUCAAAAGCAACUCCUUCAGAGACUUACAGGUAGAAGAAGCAGAGAGAGACAGAGAGGCACGAUGGCUGAAUUCAGAUGGAUUAAAAUGUCUUUAUUUCUGAUACUGAUGCUUCAGUUUACAGCAGCUGGACAGCUUUUCCGCUCCCUCACUUUUAGAGUUGGAGAUGACGUCACUUUGUCUUGUGAAAAUGUGAUACAUGAUCAGAAUAACUGUGACAGUACCGUAUGGCUCUUCAGUACAUCAAGAAGCACACAGACAGUAGUGCUGGUUGAUCUUGGGAAGAUUGCUGAAGAAGCUAAAUCAGACAGACUGAGUGUUACAGAGAACUGUUCUCUGGUUAUAAAGAAGGUCACAGAUGAAGAUGUUGGACGUUACAGCUGCAGACAGUUCAGAUCAACAAUACAACAAGGUCAAGAUGCUGUGGUUCAUCUGUCUGUUGUUACCAUGACUGAACAUAACGACACUGAUGAGGUGACAUUACACUGCUCUGUGAGGACAUAUGAACGAUGUACACACACAGUGAAGUGGCUGUUUCAGGGUCAAGAUGUGGAUAAAGACAACAAGGACAUAAAGACAUCACAGUCUCCCUGCUCUGCCUCUGUGACCUUUCUGACUUCUCUCCACAUUUACACAUCAAGAUAUAAGAUAUUUACAUGUGAAGUGACUGAUGGUGACAGAGUGCAGGUGUUUCCCUUCAGAUCUCAAUCCUCAAGUGAGAAACCAGGUGAGGACACAACAACAGAAUCAACAACAAAAACAACUGGAAACAGCAUAAAAGCAGGUACCAAUGAUGCUUCAUCAAAACGACAAGAACAGGCAGCUGCAGCCAAACUGCCGUUUAUUAUCUUUGCAGACUCGUGGGUGUACAUCAUUGUGGCUGUGGCUUUAGCAGCACUCUUAAUGCUCAUUGUGGCAAUCAUCGUAUGGAGGAGAACUAAAGGGAACAAAACACAGAUGAGUGACACUAUUGGGCUGACUUCAAACCCUGCAGUGGCUCAGGCUGCUCCAGAACCCAGCCAGGACACGGCUGAUCCUGAAGAUGGUGUUUCCUACGCCUCCGUCAGCUACACCAAGAAAACCAACAGUAAAGCCCAGGUUCGGAGUAAAUAUGAUGGCGAUGACGAUGCAGUGACCUAUACCACUGUGAAAGCUUCCUCUGCUGAUCCCAACAGCCUCUACGCUACCAUCAACUAAUCGAACAAAAGAAACUCAUGUCAUCAGGUCUUUUCUAAUCUCCGUUAAUAUUUAUUUUCAAAUGAUCAUUUUCAGUGUGGAUCAUUGUAAAUAACGUCCUGUACAGAAAUAGAUGUAGUUAACUAGUGGUGCAAUGUUAAAAGGGAGGUAAUAACUCAACAUGUGGUUGCUUAAAAUGUAAAUGAGCAUAAUAUAUGACACAUUUUGCUUGAUGAACUAGCUGUCGUGCACUUUAUUGUGCUCAGUGCAUGGUCUUAUUUUAUAGUGUAUAGAAUAUAUAUAUGGCAAUGUUUUUGUUUCAAUUACAUGUAUUUCCUAUAAUUAUUUUAUAUGCAAUAAUUUAUCCAUGUUGGGCAAUUUUAUGUGUUUUCUCAUGUUGUUUUUCUUUAUUUUCAUAUUUUCAUCUGUUAUUGUUUGAUAUGUAGCCUAAUUAUCUGAACAUUUAUGUCUCAUUUUAUUAAAGUACUCAAAGUAAA